AUGGCUAUUGGUUUGUUUGGUGUAAUAUGUAUGGCUGCAGCUUUGCUAGUCGCAACAUUUGCCAUUGGCAUGAUUCCUAUAUACUCAAUCCAUAAGGGCUCUGACUCUCGCAAUCACGAGAAAUACAUUGCUGUGCUCUCCCAAUUUGGUGUAGGAAUGCUUUUGGGGACGUCCUUUAUGCUCGUGAUUCCCGAAGGUAUUAGAGAAUGUGUGGAAAAUGGUGGAAAUGUGGGCCUGAAUCUAUUAAUAGGGUUCCUUGUAGUGUAUCUUUUGGACAGACUUGUACAAUUUUUAAUGAAACGUCAUGAUUCUUUCAGCAGUAAUAGAACCGCUAAUGAAAGUUUUGAAAAUUUCAAAGAUCUAAUCAGCCACCCAAAGAGGGCUUUGCUUUGCAUACUUAGAAAUAAUGUGGUCUUCGCUCUAUUCAUUCAUGGCGUAUCUGACGGUGUCGCUUUGGGUACCACAGUUAACAAUGACUCGCUUAUGGUGGUGGUACUUAUCGCCAUUAUCAUUCAUAAGAUUCCAGCGGUCCUGUCACUUACGAGUCUGAUGGUAUCGAAACAAGGGCUCCCCAAAUGGGAAGCUAUUUCAAAUUUAUUUGCGUUUGCAUCAUCAACUCCUAUCGGGUACAUUGUUCUGUCAUUAUUUAACUUAAAACAUUCUGAAACCAUGAGUUGGGUUAGCGGGAACCUGCUUCUUAUGAGUGGUGGAAGUUUGCUUUAUGCAUCAUUUACGGCAUUUUUAGAUAACUCUCAUGAUCAUACUCAUGGUAUCGACACAACAGAAAGAACGGCCCAGGACAUCGAAUUCGGUACCAGAGGUUACAAUUUGGUUCCAACUGCCGAACUAGAAAAUGGAGAAGCUUCUAAAAAGGAUGUAUUAUUUGAGAACGAAGACAUGCAAAAUAGUGUCAAUCCUGGCACCUUACAAACGUUAACUGGAUUACAAUCAAGUGAAGCCACUACAAAUGAAAGUAUUACGUCGAUUCUUUCACUAGACGAUUCUGUGUACAUUUUAAUGGGUGUAGUUGUACCCUUGGUGAUCUCCUUUUGUAUAAAAGGUGAAUGA